AUGAACGUCUUUGACGAAGAACCCAGCACCAUCACCCUCUCCACCCCCAAAGCCUCCACCACUGGCACCACCAUCGCCAUCAUCCUCGAAGAACUUAGACUCCCCUACACCUUCCACCUUCUCCCCCACUCCUCCUCAACCACAACCCUAACAGACAUCCACCGCACCGGCCACGGCCCAACCCUGCACUCCCUUCCCUCCAUAACCACCUAUCUCCUGACCCGCUACGACGGCGAUCAUCAUCACCACCACCACCUCUCAUACCCCCCGCAUUCGCCUGAACAUGUAGCUGUCGAAGAGAGUUUAUCGAAGCUAGCAGACCGGAUGGGGAUCAUCCAUCAACAUCAUCAAGACAAUGAACCUGACAACAAGCAUGAGCAUAAGCAUCAUCACAACAAACAACAUCUCCCAGCGAUAAAAGAGACCGAGGUGGUAGAUAACAACAACAAUACUGCGAAAGAGACUGCGACUGCGACCGUCCCCUUUGCGAGAAGGUUACUCAGUCUGUAUCUCCAUCUAGAGGAGUAUUUGUCCCGGCAGAGGAGGGGCGGGGGAGGGUGGUUGAUUGGGGAGAGAUGGUAUUGUCGUAUUUGGCUGAUGGGUCACAGUACGGUGGCUGAUAUAGCGCAUUUUCCGUAUGUCGCGGCGGCGAGUCAAUAUGGGUUUGAUUUGGAGAGGUUUCCUGAGCUGACGGGUUGGUACUAG